ACCAAACUUCAUGCGCUGGACUUAAGAAAAGCGGAAUUAGCAAGAGUGGCGUGUACGAAAUUGCCCCAAUCCCAGGCUACACAAUCCAAGUCUUCUGUGAUCAAGUAACAGACGGGGGAGGCUGGGCCGUGAUACAAAAAAGACUUGAUGGAUUGGUGGAUUUCUUUCGUGGAUGGGACGAUUACAAGCGAGGUUUUGGGAACAAGAGUGGAGAAUACUGGCUUGGACUCGAUGCCAUGCAUAUCUUGACCAACAGUACAGAGAAUGAGAUCAGAAUUGACCUGGAAGACUUCAAUAUGAAAAAAACCUAUGCGAUGUAUAAGUCGUUCAAAGUUGGCACAGAAUCCCAAAAAUAUGAAUUGUUCCUUGGAUCCUUUAAAGAAGGAAAUGCUGGUAACUCAUUGGGCUAUCACAAGAAGGCUGCAUUCUCCACAUUUGAUCGAGACAACGACAACUACUUUACUAGCUGUGCCAACAAGUAUAAGGGCGCUUGGUGGUUUAAGGGUUGUCACACGUCUCAUCUCAACGGCGAAUACCUCGGUCAUAUAGUUCCAUACUCUCGAGGCAUAAACUGGUUAUCAGUAACUGGAUCUUACAGAUCUCUCAAAAACGCGCAAAUGAAGAUUCGACCGGUCGGUUUUAAGGGUUAGCCUCAUGCUGCUGCUGCCUCUGUUAAUUCUAAUUCUGUUACUUCUACGACAACAGCAACAAAAACAACAACAUUAACAGCUACAACAAAACACCAAAGAAGCAACAGCAACGACAACAGCAACAGUUGCAGUAACCACGUUAACCGCAGCAACAACAACAAUAUCAACUAAAACAUCAACGACAAUUAGGGUUAGCAUGUAUAGAACAAUAGUUAUUCAAAUUGUUAGCAGUCUAGUCAAAACAUCAUUUUUUGGAAAAAAAACAUGACGACUAAACGGUCCAACCAAGGCAAUUUCGUCGCGAAAGAAUUUUUUUCUAUUCCGCGCUGGUAUUUGGAAAAAAGAUAAUCAAUGGGUUAAAUAAUCUUCCCCAAGAGGGUCAAAAGACAAACAUAAGGCGGCCAUUGUGGUGCCUUUAACAAUGGAUGCUUAUGAGAAAUAUUUUGUUAAUUGGCACCAACAUGGCCGCUAAGAUGUACUGUACCAUCAAAGAAUUGUCAUGCUACGUUGUUGAUGAGUUUUACGAAUUUGAACUCUUGGUAUUAUCAAAAAAAUCAACACCUUUCAUUGUAGUGUGUUUGGUACUCGUCGUUUAGAAGUCACAUAUUAUUAUAUUU